AAACCCAUGAGAACAAUACACAGACUGCACGGGCAGCCCCUGAGCACUGUCCACCCUGCACUGCAAUAACUUCAAGCACAUACACAAGAAGAGUUCCCGAAUUACUGCUAGCAACUAGCAGCGCUGAGUGCACCAUGGUUCUUCGUGUCUGGCGCCCUUCUUGGAUUACAUUCGCCUUGUGGCUCGCUCUAUUUGCACACAUCGGGGAGGCACAGACAACGAAGGAAGUUAUAUUGCUGGAUUCCAAAGCACAACAGACAGAAUUGGAAUGGAUCUCUUCUCCGUCCAGUGGGUGGGAAGAAAUCAGUGGAUUGGAUGAAAAUUACACUCCAAUUAGAACUUAUCAGGUAUGUCAGGUCCUGGAACCCAACCAGAACAACUGGCUGCGGACUAACUGGAUUUCAAAAGCCAAUGCACAAAGGAUUUUUGUUGAGUUAAAGUUCACAUUAAGGGAUUGUAAUAGUCUUCCUGGUGUACUGGGAACCUGCAAGGAAACAUUUAACUUGUAUUAUUACGAAACAGAUUAUGAUUCUGUCAGAAACAUGAGAGAAAAUCAAUAUGUGAAAAUAGACACUAUUGCCGCAGAUGAAAGUUUUACCCAAGGAGACCUUGGCGAACGAAAAAUGAAACUUAAUACCGAGGUUCGGGAAAUUGGACCUCUCUCGAAAAAAGGAUUUUACCUGGCAUUUCAGGACGUAGGAGCCUGCAUUGCCCUGGUAUCAGUGAAAGUGUACUAUAAAAAGUGUUGGACCAUUAUUGAGAAUCUGGCCAUCUUCCCUGACACUGUUACUGGCUCCGAAUUCUCCUCCUUGGUUGAAGUAAGAGGGACCUGUGUCAGCAAUGCUGAGGAAGAGGCGGAUAAUUCUCCCAAGAUGCACUGCAGUGCUGAAGGUGAAUGGUUGGUUCCUAUUGGAAAGUGUAUCUGCAGAGCAGGUUAUCAACAGAAAGGGGAUACAUGUGAACCAUGUGGUCGUGGAUUCUAUAAAUCGUCAUCUCAAGACUUGCAGUGCUCACGAUGCCCAGCACACAGCUUCUCUGACAGGGAAGGUUCAUCCCGUUGUGACUGUGAAGAUGGUUAUUACCGAUCCUAUUCUGAUCCAUCUUACAUCGCCUGUACAAGACCCCCUUCGGCACCACAAAAUCUAAUUUACAAUAUCAACCAGACAACAGUGACCCUGGAAUGGAGUCCCCCUGCAGACAGUGGAGGAAGAAAUGAUGUCACAUAUCGCGUCAUAUGUAAACGCUGCAGCUGGGAGCAGGGGGAAUGUGUACCCUGUGGGAAUACUGUUGGAUAUGUGCCACAGCAAAGUGGAUUAGUAGAUACUUACAUAACUGUUGUGGACCUUGUUGCACAUGCUAACUACACAUUCGAAGUUGAAGCAGUGAAUGGAGUAUCAGACCUGAGCCGAUCCCAAAGGCUUUUUGCUGCAGUCACUAUCACCACUGGUCAAGCUGCUCCUUCCCAAGUAAGUGGAGUAAUGAAGGAGAGAGUGUUACAGCGCAUUGUCGAUCUAUCCUGGCAGGAGCCUGAACAUCCCAAUGGAGUCAUCACAGAAUAUGAAAUCAAGUAUUAUGAGAAGGAUCAAAGGGACCGUACAUAUUCUACAUUAAAAACAAAAUUAACAUCUGCUUCCAUCAAUAAUCUUCGACCUGGAACAGUUUAUGUGUUUCAAAUUCGAGCCUUCACUGCUGCUGGCUAUGGAAUGUACAGUCCUAGGCUUGAUGUCACCACCCUGGAGGAGGCUACUGGUAACCUUUCAACUUUUUUCUACACUACAGCUGUAACCAGUGAGCAGAAUCCCGUCAUUAUAAUUGCAGUAGUUGCCGUGGCAGGCACUAUUAUUUUGGUCUUUAUGGUCUUUGGCUUCAUCAUAGGUAGAAGGCAUUGUGGCUAUAGUAAAGCUGAUCAAGAAGGAGAUGAAGAACUUUACUUUCAUUUUAAAUUUCCAGGCACCAAAACCUACAUUGACCCUGAAACAUAUGAAGAUCCAAAUAGAGCUGUCCAUCAAUUUGCCAAGGAGUUAGAUGCAUCCUGUAUAAAAAUUGAGCGCGUGAUUGGUGCAGGAGAAUUUGGUGAAGUGUGUAGUGGCCGGCUAAAGCUUCCUGGGAAGAGAGAUGUAGCCGUUGCUAUAAAAACCCUUAAAGUUGGCUACACAGAAAAGCAGAGAAGAGACUUUUUGUGUGAAGCGAGUAUAAUGGGCCAGUUUGACCAUCCAAAUGUUGUUCAUUUGGAAGGAGUGGUAACACGCGGAAAACCGGUAAUGAUUGUAAUUGAAUACAUGGAGAAUGGAUCUCUAGAUGCAUUUUUAAGGAAAUCUUUGGAAAUGUUUACUUCAGCUCCCAAAAGUAAACGUACAGGAUCUACUCAGACAAUGCCCUUUAUAAAAGUCCAAACACUAAACACCCCUGGAUCAAAUGCCCAGAAAUCUUUGGAAAUGUUUACUUCAGCUCCCAAAGGUAAACGUACAGGAUCUACUCAGACAAUGCCCUUUGUAAAAGUCCAAACACUAAACACCCCGGGAUCAAAUGCCCAGAAGCAUGAUGGACAGUUCACUGUCAUUCAGUUGGUGGGGAUGCUGAGAGGGAUUGCAGCCGGAAUGAGAUAUUUGGCUGACAUGGGAUAUGUACAUCGGGAUCUUGCGGCACGAAACAUUCUGGUCAACAGUAACCUUGUCUGCAAAGUGUCUGACUUUGGAUUGUCUCGAGUCAUAGAAGAUGACGCAGAUGCAGUCUACACAACAACAGGAGGAAAAAUCCCAGUCAGAUGGACAGCUCCAGAGGCAAUUCAGUACCGCAAGUUUACAUCAGCCAGUGAUGCGUGGGGUUAUGGAAUUGUAAUGUGGGAAGUAAUGUCUUAUGGAGAAAGGCCUUAUUGGGACAUGUCAAACCAGGAUGUUAUAAAGGCUAUUGAGGAAGGUUACCGGUUACCAGCACCAAUGGACUGUCCUGCUGGUCUUCAUCAACUGAUGUUAGAUUGUUGGCAGAAGGAACGUGGGGAAAGGCCCAAAUUUGAACAGAUUGUUGGUAUUCUAGACAAAAUGAUUCGCAACCCCACCAGUUUGAAAACUCCUAUGGGAACUUGUAACAGGCCUGUAAGCCCACUAUUGGAUCAAAACACCAUUGAUUUCUCAACAUUCUGUUCAGUGGGAGAGUGGCUAGAAGCUAUCAAGAUGGAACGAUAUAAGGAAAAGUUCAGUUCAGCAGGAUACAAUUCCCUUGAUGCUGUGGCCAGGAUGACUAUCAAUGAUGUCAUGAGCUUAGGGAUUUCAUUGGUUGGCCACCAGAAGAAGAUCAUGAGCAGUAUUCAGACUAUGAGAGCACAAAUGUUACACCUUCAUGGAACAGGGAUACAGGUGUGAUAGACAGCCCUCCCUAAAGAGGGAGGAAGGACUAUGAGAUAACAGCACUGGCCUUCACUAUACAAUAACUGCUGCUAGAAAACGCUCAGUUUACUGAGCCUUCUGUACUACGUCUUUCUGCAGUAGAUGAAAACCAACUAGAUCCUCAAGCACCUACAGACUUGAACUCCUAAGUGCCACCGGACCUUACCUGAGUGAGAAAUUGGAUCAAAACUAUGUGGCAAGGAAUACAGCAGUAAUAACAAAGUACUACCUGAACAAAAACAACACAAUAGAGCUCUCUAACCUCCUUUUUGCCCAAUGGACUUUUUUCAAAUGUACUGUACAUAAAUAAUUUUGAAA